GCUUAAAUUAAAUAUCUUUAAAUUGUAUUAAUCAAUGCGAGACAAGUAAGUUUUACACGUGACGCUGAGAUUAACGACUUGCUGGUGGGACACUAAAAGCAUCGCCUCCUGAUUGGUCCGCUGGACUUUGCGUCUCCGGACGUGCCCGCUCCACAGAGUCACCUUGCCGCUGCUGCUGCAGCUGCUGUACCGGUCAGAGAGCAGGUGUACCGUCAGCCUCAGAGGCACACAAGCAGGCAGGCAGCGGGAAUCGGACCGGGGACUCUGCGGGCUCUGACCGACCGGGGCAAACAUGGCGGAUGCAAAGCCAAAGACCUCUCCGAAGGCCAUCAAGUUCCUGUUCGGAGGCUUGGCCGGGAUGGGUGCGACAGUCUUCGUGCAGCCGUUAGACCUGGUGAAGAACCGGAUGCAGCUGAGCGGCCAGGGCACGAAGGCUCGAGAGUACAAAACCAGCUUCCACGCCCUGUUCUCCAUCCUGAAGAACGAGGGGGUCGGAGGCAUCUACACCGGUUUGUCGGCAGGUUUGUUGCGCCAGGCGACGUACACGACGACUCGUCUGGGAAUCUACACCAUCCUGUUCGAGAAGAUGACCGGAGCUGACGGGCGACCGCCGAGCUUCCUGCUCAAGGCUCUGAUCGGCAUGACAGCUGGAGCUACCGGAGCGUUUGUCGGGACACCAGCAGAGGUCGCACUGAUCCGGAUGACGGCCGACGGACGGCUGCCGGCGGACCAGAGGAGAGGUUACACCAACGUUUUCAACGCCCUGGCUCGAAUCACCAGAGAGGAAGGCGUCACCACGCUGUGGAGGGGGUGUGUUCCCACAAUGGCUCGAGCGGUGGUGGUGAAUGCAGCUCAGCUGGCCUCCUACUCUCAGUCUAAACAGGCACUGCUGGACUCAGGGUAUUUUGGCGAUGAUAUUCUGUGUCACUUCUGUGCGAGUAUGAUCAGCGGUCUGGUUACCACGGCAGCAUCGAUGCCCGUCGACAUCGUGAAGACCAGGAUUCAGAACAUGAGGAUGAUCGACGGGAAGCCCGAGUAUAAAAACGGUUUGGAGGUGUUGCUGCGAGUCGUCGGCUCUGAGGGCUUCUUCUCUCUGUGGAAAGGUUUCACUCCGUACUACGCCCGCCUCGGCCCUCACACUGUCCUCACCUUCAUCUUCCUGGAACAGAUGAACCGCCUGUACAAGACCUACGUCCUGGACCGCUAACACACACACACACACACACACACACACACACACACACACACACACACACACACACACACAAGGACUGCAGCACAAACCUCAUCGUGUUUCUGAAUUUAAAGGAGCAGUCCCACAUUUACCCACAAACCCUCAGCUGCUCUGUCAGAAACAGUGUACUGUUCCUUUAAAUCUUCACACACACACACACACACACACACACACACACACACACACACACACACACACACACACACACACACACACACACACACUGCCAGCAGUUUGACUGAAGCUCUGUGAGAGUCCAGUGUUACAACAGGCCUGAACCAAGUCUGACACACACAUAAACUGCCCUGACAUGGUACAGUCCAGCUCCACACACACACACACACACACACACACACACUCUGUUCUUUUUGUAAAGAAAAGAAUGUAAAAUAAAUGUAGUUCAAACA